AUAUCGGACCGAGCCCACCGAGCAUCUGAGUCAAAGUGAAUAUCCCAACCGCUUUCCGCGUUUGGUCCUUAUGGGCUUCCGUAGGCGUCACUAUGACGGUCCCUAUUUGAUCACGUGAUCAGCCGCGCGUGUCUCCGUGUUGUGCCUCAGUGCUACAAACAGCGCUAAUUAACACAAACAGCGCUAAUUAACACAAACAGCGCGGAAAGCCGCGUCGUUUCCCCGUUAUUGGCCGCAUAGCCGCGCACAGAGACGCGGAGGGGUCAGGUCUAUCAGGACUGCAGGCCAGGUUCGGCGGCCACACCUGCGUUAGCUUCUGACUGACGCGCCGGGACAGAGAUACAAAUGCGGCUGAAAGACCCCUUUUCUUCAAAGACCACCGACAUGACAAAGCGGACUAACAAGCCGAAGAAACCUCGCGAUGAGGAAUCCUCGGAUGAAGUUAGUGGACUGACCUGUCAGCAUGUCAGUAAAGCUGUGGAGCUGAACUCGGUGAAGAAGGCGGUGACCGGCAGCCUGUGGUCCGUCUGUUCGGACUGUAUGAAGGAGCGGGAUGUGUUGGAAAUGGAACAGGCCGGAACUCAUGACAUCCGAGUGUGCCUGAAGUGCGGAUUCCAGGGCUGCAGCCAAUCAGAAAGCCAGCACUCGGUGAAACACCAGCAGGCCCAUCAUUCAGACUCGCACUGCAUCAGCAUCAGUCUCAGCACCUGGAAGGCCUGGUGCUUUGAAUGUAAUGAAGAACUCUCCACCCACUGCAAUAAAAAAGCUCUGGCUCAAACUCUAGACUUUCUACAAAAGCACUCUGUGAAGUCAGCCUCAGGAACAUCAAAAAUAAUCAAGCUUUUAGAGGAACCGGCAGAGUAUGCUGACCCCCAGAGAGGGAAGAGUCCAGUCAACAGUACUCUGAUCCCCGUCAAAGGCAUCACCAACCUGGGAAACACCUGCUUCUUCAAUGCGGUCAUGCAGAAUCUUUCUCAGACGCACAUGCUCAAUGACCUCAUCCAGGAAGUGAAGGAGAAAGGACACAAACUGAAGAUCUGUCCCCCAUCGGAGACCAACCUGGGGCCACUGACGGUAACUCUGCCUGGUCCUGAACCCCUGACCUCGGCCAUGUUCCUGUUCCUCCACAGCAUGAAGGAGCCUGGGAAAGGGCCGGUCUCCCCAAAAAUCCUCUUCAGCCAACUCUGCCAGAAGGCUCCGCGCUUUAAGGGCUACCAGCAGCAGGACAGUCAGGAGCUCCUGCACUACCUGCUGGACUCGGUCAGGGUGGAGGAGAGCAAGCGAAUCAAAGCAGCCAUCCUGAAAGCUUUCAAUAACCCCACUGAGAAGACGGCUGACGAGGAAACCAAACGACAAGUGAAAGCGUACGGAAAGGAGGGGGUGAAGAUGAACUUUGUGGACCGAAUUUUUGUGGGAGAGUUGACGAACACCAUCAUGUGUGAAGAAUGUGAACAUAUUUCUACAGUGAAGGAGGCCUUUAUCGACAUCUCUUUACCCAUAAUUGAGGAGCGGAUAUCCAAACCUACAAACCCAGGCAGACUGGGCAGAACUGGGCGGGAUCAGGAAACUCUGGGCUGCCUUGGUGACGAACCAUCAGCACCUCAUCCUCAGGCUAAUAGAAGCAGCAGGAGGCCCAGUGGGCAGAAGCUACAGGGUCGCAGGUCGUCCACAUGUCAUGAUGAGAGAGGUCCAGAAUCCCCUCAGAAACAGGAAGAAAACACCUGUCUGGUUGGGCGUGGCUUAGCCAGUUACCAGGUCGACACAGCUGGCAGCCAAUCGGAUGCAAGCGAGAAAGAUUCGUCUCCUCAGGACAGCAGCAAUGAUGCAGACAGCGAAGCGUCCGAAUCGGAAUGGUCACCAAGAGGUCCUACAGGAACCGGUCAGAGCAACCCAGGAAGUAAAGCCACUUCAUCCGCCAGUGCUUCUUCACGUAGCCCUGUCCAGUUCUUCAAGCAAAGUCCCGCCUUCUCCACCACCCAUAAUUCUGUCCGCAGUCAGCAGGGUGGAGCCGUUGAGCAGCUGGUCAGUGCAGUGUCCAAACUGGGCCUGGUCCACACCCCUCUCGACACUUUGCCCCUCAGCCACGGGACAGAAACACCAGCCGAAAGAGAAAAGGAGCGCAUGAGCCACCAGGGGGCGUUCCAGGCCCUGUCACACAGCUACACACCCGCGUCCAAAGAGUGCUCAGUCCAGUCCUGCCUGCACCAGUUCACUUCUGUCGAGCUGCUGAUGGGAAACAACAAGCUGCUGUGUGAAAACUGCACAGAGCGCAGACACCGGCAGCUCAGGAGGAGCGGAGCAGCAGAUAAAAAGGCAGAGAAGGUCUACACAAGCGCUCGUAAGCAGAUGCUGAUCUCAGUGCUGCCCCCGGUGGUCACACUGCACCUCAAACGCUUCCACCAGGCUGGGAUGAAUUUGAGGAAGGUGAAUCGACAUGUGGAUUUCCCCCUCAUCCUCGACCUGGCGCCGUUCUGCUCAGCUUCCUGCAAGAGCCUGGGUUCUGGAGAGCGGGUCCUCUACAGUCUGUAUGGCAUUGUGGAGCACAGUGGUUCCAUGCGAGGUGGGCACUACACGGCCUACGUGAAGGUCAGAGCACCACAGCGUAAAUCAGAACAGCGCAGAAACCAGUCAGGUCCAAGAGAAGCCACGUCUGCCCCUCCAGGCCAGUGGGUGUAUGUGAGUGACACCAGUGUCCAAACGGUGCCGGAAUCCCGCGUCCUGAACUCACAGGCCUACCUGCUGUUCUAUGAGGAGCUCCUGUAGGGGGCGCUGACUCGCACAGCUGAAGCAGGACAAACUGCUAAUUUAAUGCCUCUGCGAUUCGCUUUCAGAUGCAAACUUGUCCAUAUUAACACGUCACAGCCUCUGCCUUGGUUACGGAGUGGACUGCAGUGGUGAAAACAGUGUGUCUGAAGAUAUUAUAAAUAGAAAAUUAUAUUCUAAAUUUAGAAUAAUUUAUAUUUUACAGCUAAGAUUUGAUUGUAUAGACUAUCAUACGCUUUUGUCUGUUAAAAAAGGAAAUGAUGCGUGUUUGUUGUUUUUUUUUUUUGGUUUCUGUUUUUUUGUUUUUUUGAUGAAAGGAAUGCCAAAGACUAUAUAUGACAAUGAAGACUGUGGAGUAAGAUGUGCCAAAAGAUUCGCGCUCUGGCCUUUUGCUUUUACAGGGAACCUCAACACAGCAUGCAGGAGUUGCUUGUAUGCGUGUGAGACGGUAAAUGAGUGGGUGUUUUUGUGCUGAGAACCGGCACACAAACACCUGUCAGCGAUGUAUAGAUAUUGUGCUGCGCUUAUGAAGGGACAAUUCUACACUCACGAGGUUGCCUAGCUACCGAAAGAAUAUACGGUACAUAUUGUUUUUGUUUGUUUUUUUCACUCUUUCCCUUUAUUUUUGCAUUUAUUCAGUUUGCUUUGCUGUUCCGCUUAGAUUUGCAGAUUCAGUGACUUCAAUAUACAAUGCAAGUAAAGCACUGAACAUAACAGUUACUACAUAAUGCAAUAAUACACAUUUCUUAAAUCAGCCUGUUUUAUUUCAGUGAGAGCUGAACGAGACUACAGUCCUGCAGGAGAAGCAGUUCUAAAGGGGAAUUCCACCCAAGUUUCAGUGUUUCAGCAUUUCUGCACAGUUCAAUUAGGGCUGAAUGUUUGAGGAAAAUAUUACAUUGUGAUUUUUCUGGCCAAAACUAUGACUUACAAUUUUGAUUUCAAUUACAAGGUAUUUCAAUUUAAGGUUGUUAAUAAUAUAGGCUAUAAUUAAAAUUUCAGUUUCUGCAAUCACUAAAUUGCAGUCUUGAUAUAAAAACAGUCUUUUAGUUUGAAAUUCAAUUGGAUGUAAAUGAAGUCAUUCAGAGUGGUUUGAUGGAUGAUUAGAAUUGGUGCAUCGUAGAGAAGCUUAUCAACUUGAAUGUCUUUACAGUGGUGGUGAAAGGAACUGGGAGUCACAAUGUCUACAACACAGAUAUUUAAUUUAGUACCCAAAAAGGCUAGUGAAUCUACAAUAAGAUGUCUUCUGAGUUUUAUAUGUAAUGAUGGUGAAAUUGUGUUAAAACCUGAA